GCCUGGGAGCCGAACGGCGCUCGGCCGUAAUACGCUUUCUUCUGAUAGGCCGCUAGCCGCGAAGGCUUGCCUUGGGAUUGCCCAGCGUCAGAGGAACUCCUGGGAGAAGAGGAAAAAAAGGGAAGGAGCGCCGAGCGCGUGCGAGAGAGGCGGGGGCGUGGCCUUACUUCUCCAGGGGGGCAUAAUGCCUCCCAAAAAGGGGAAAAACAACCUCCCAGAUCCUCUUCAAGAAGGAAUAAUAUUGACAGAUACCCAAAAACGGAAAUGGAGGCUGGGUCCUAUGAUUGCUUAUGGAGGUUUUGGCUUGGUCUAUCUAGCUUCCCCUUAUCUUGAUGUUCCUGUAGAAAACAAUGCUGUGUAUGUCAUUAAAGUGGAAUAUCUUGAAAAUGGGCCCUUAUUUUCAGAACUGAAAUUCUACCAACGAGCUGCAAAACAAGAACAUAUCAAAAAGUGGAUGCAGCUGAAACAAUUAACAUUUUUAGGCGUUCCUGUUUUCUUGGGAUCAGGCCAAGUCAAACAUCUUGGUAAAAGUUACAGAUUUAUGGUGAUGGAAAGAUUAGGAGAAGAUGUUCAAACCAUCUUUGAAAGACAAGAGAGAAAAUUUAACAAGGAAACUGUUCUGCAUAUUGGGAUACAGGUGCUAGAUGCCUUGGAAUAUAUUCAUGAAAAUGAAUAUGUGCAUGGGGAUAUUAAAGCAGCAAAUUUACUUUUGGACUACAAAAAUUCACAUGAGGUUUAUCUUGCUGAUUAUGGACUCGCCUACAGAUAUUGUCCCAGUGGGAACCACAAAGAAUAUCAGGAAAAUCCUAAAAGGGGCCAUAAUGGUACAAUGGAAUUUACCAGCAUAGAUGCACACAAGGGAGUAGCACCAUCCCGAAGAGGGGACCUUGAAACCUUGGGCUACUGUAUGUUGCAGUGGAUCUGCGGAAGUCUACCCUGGGAGCGGAAUUUGAAGCAUCCCGAGGCUGUGCAGGCUGCAAAAACAAAGCUUCUUGAUGAACUGCCUGAUUCAGUAACAAGGUGGGCUCCUGCAGGAGAAAACUGCGGUGAAAUAGUCAGAUUUUUAAAAAAUGUCUCUAAUUUAAGAUAUGAUGAAAAACCUGAAUAUGAAAUAUUGAGGAAAAUCCUUUUGAAUGGCCUGGAACAAAAAGGAAUUUGUUACAAGGAGACACUGGAUUUAACCUCUGUUCAAACCUCUCUAAAUGAAUGCACAAUUCACCACAGGAAAGCUCAUUUGCUGAUGCCGACACUGAAGCAAGUUAAAGGACAAGAAAGCCAACUAGAGAACAAGGAGUUUUUUAAUCUUAGAAAAGCCACUGCGCAAAUGAAAAGUAGCCAAAUACAAGAUAAGCCAGAACUGGUUAGAUUGAAUAAGUUUACUCAAGCUUCAAUGGACUAUGUAAAAUCAUUGCCCUGGACAGAUUCCUGCAGUUCUUUCCAGAAUGUUGAAGAAAAUUGUAGAGAAAAUGGAAUCACAUAUUCAGCAGUCCAUCGACCAGAACGUGUUCAAAGUCUGACUAGCUGUUACAUAUGCUGUCCCUCUCAGAUUGGGAUGCAUAGAAAACUGUUUCAGUAUAUUGUGGCCAUUGUUGUACUUGUCGUCUUAAUAAUGCUGUCUCUCUAUUUUCUUUGAUACCUUUCCCAGUAAGUGCUCACGAAAUGCAGUUAUCCAUUUGUAUUCAGAUUUUCUUAGUAGAUAUUUUCAGUGUGAUUUGCUGGAAUAAAUUUGUUUCCAAAGCAAAGUUAUCUUAUGUACAGAUUAAUAUAUAAAUUUGCUUACAAUAUUUUCCAGUAUGUUACAGAUUUUAAACAUUUGAAAUAUACACCAUUCCAAGUUUAAUGCUUUGUAUACUGGGAUGCACUAUAAGCCUAUAAUGAAGUGUCCCAUGAAUUGCAAUUGUAUUAUUUUCAAAUUUAUUUGGAAGCAUUUUUAUUCAUCUUUGCUUACCUUACUACAAUAUGGGCAUUCACCAAAUAUGACAUUAAAACUCUGUCGACUUGAAGGGAGCCCACGUAACCACUGGAGAGUAAAACAAGGUGUUAUUUGCUGCAUUUGAAGAUAGAAGAUAGCUAUGAAAAUGUUGCAAACAGGAUAAGCAUCUCUCCUGUUCAAGGCUUUAAAUCAAGAGUAAAUUCUGAUCCAACAUA